AUGGGGCCCCCGGGCAAUAGGGGAUCAUGGGGCCCCUGUGUCCUUGCCCAAACUCAAAAAAGCCUAUGAAAAAGUUUAGGCAUGAUGGGAUCCUAGUCCACCUGAGCGAUCCUGCCAGGAAGCUGUCACUCUACUGUGCCAAUCAUAAGCAGCCAAGGUAUGUUCUGCCCCCAGGGGCGGACUGACAAUUCAUGGGGCCCCUGGGCAAUAGGGGAUCAUGGGGCCCCUGUGUGGUCGCCCACACUCAAACCACACCCAAAAUAGCCUAUGAAAGGUACUAGGGGCAUCUCAUGGGGCCCCUUACUGACCCCGGGCCCUUGGGCAGUGCCCGACUUUCUGAAUGGUCAGUCCGCCCCGUCUGCCCCACAUCCACAUGUAU